AUAAAUCCAUGUAACUUCAAAAAAUCGAGUACCGUGACGCUUGUAAGCACAUUUGGAUUUUGUAAAGGAUAUUUCUUAAAGACUUUUAUUGUUUAUCGUUCAAUGUCUGGGACAACAGAGACUGAAAUGCAGAUACAAAUCGUGACUCACGGAGAAGCUUUUUGUCCAUCAACGAUGACAAAGGAUACACCAUUUGCGAGCCGGAAGCUACUGCUGGAGGAGAUAACAAAUAACGAGAGAAAUGAAAUGGAGGAAGCACAAAUGGAGGAGAAUGAGAUAAAAGAGGGGCAUGAUGAUGUUGAGGAGGAACAGGACAAUAAGGCUAAGGAUACUCCAUUUGCGAACCGGAAGCUGCUGGAGGAUGAUACAACAAAUAACGAGAGAAAUGAGAUGGAGGAAGUACAAACAGAGGAGAAUGAGUUAAAAGAGGGGCAGGAGAAGGUUAGGAAGGCGAAGGUUAAUAAGAAUGACUAA